CCGAGGUGCAAAGUGCGCUAAACGGGUGCGGAUGUUUUCAUGAAUGUCGAGUUCGGGGAAAAAAUAGCAGGAAAUCGAUUCUGUAGCCAGAAUUUUCGUACUAUGUGUAGUUGUUAAUAUGAAGUGCAAGUUAUUGGAUCCGUCGUAAUGGCUACAAGGCGCAAUUCCGGCGUUAAAAUUCCUAAAAAGACGUGUACCUCCACAUAGGAACACAAAAUGGAGGCAUGUUUUUAUGAACACGCAUUGACAGACACGGUUGGCCACCGCGGAAGAGGCUUUGUCGGCUCAGGCGGUGCAGUGGCAGAAGGCGGGGGCCGCCAGAGGAACAGGUGAUAGAAUGGGAGGUGCCAGCGCAGCUGGAUCUGGACAGGGGCCCUCCUCACUUUUUCUUUUUUCAGAGGAAAACCCCAUACGCAGAUAUACGCGCUUCAUCAUCGAGUGGCCUCCUUUCGAAUAUGCUGUGCUUCUGACAAUCAUAGCUAACUGUGUCGUAUUAGCAUUGGAGGAGCAUCUGCCUUUUCACGACAAAACCAUGUUGGCCCAAAAACUUGAGAAAACAGAAAAUUAUUUCCUCGGUAUAUUUUGUGUUGAAGCUUCAUUAAAAAUUCUGGCUUUGGGUUUUGUGCUCCAUAGAGGUUCCUAUUUAAGGAACGUCUGGAACAUCAUGGAUUUUUUCGUCGUGUUGACUGGGUUAUUAACGUCGAUUCCUCAAGAUUACAUCGAUUUGGAUCCCCGCGCGUUGCGGGCUAUUCGAGUGCUUAGACCGCUGAAGCUAGUCUCUGGCAUUCCUAGCCUGCAGGUAGUUUUGAAGUCUAUCAUCAAGGCUAUGGCACCAUUACUUCAAAUCGGACUUUUGGUAUUGUUCGCCAUUGUUAUUUUUGCCAUAAUAGGAUUGGAGUUCUAUUCCGGUGCCUUGCAUAAAACUUGUUAUAGCCUGUACAACAUAGAGGAAAUUGUUAAAGAGGGGGAUGAAGAAGUACCUUGUAAUACUGACAAUGAAACUCAAGCAAGACUCCAAGGAAGUAAUUGGUGUAGAGAUGGUAAUUCAGUAUGUUUGGAACGUUGGCAGGGACCUAAUAAUGGUAUAACGUCUUUUGAUAAUAUUGGAUUCGCCAUGUUGACUGUGUUCCAAUGUAUUACUAUGGAAGGAUGGACUGCCAUAUUGUAUUGGAUGAAUGAUGCAAUUGGUAGUAUGUUCAACUGGAUCUACUUUGUUCCACUCAUUGUUUUGGGGUCAUUUUUUAUGUUAAAUCUAGUUCUUGGUGUUCUCAGUGGUGAAUUUGCCAGAGAACGAGAAAAAGUAGAAAAUCGCCAAGAAUUUUUAAAAUUAAGACGAGCUGCACAGUUAGAAAGAGAAUUGAACGGUUACGUUCAAUGGAUAUGUAAAGCAGAAGAGGUAAUAUUAGCCGAGGAAAGGACUACAGAAGAAGAAAAGUUACAUAUAAUGGAAGCACGGAGAAGGGCUGCUAGAAAAAAGAAAUUGAAGAGUAUGGGAAAAAGUAAAAGUACAGAUACUGAAGAGGAACAAGAAGAAGAUGAAAUAGGCGAUGAUGUUUUGUUAGCAGGCUAUGGUAAAUCUUCUUAUUUGAAGUCGAGAGUGAAAGGACAAACUGGCUGUGCAAGAUUUUGGAGAGCAGAAAAGAGAUUUCGAUUCUGCAUUCGACACGUGAUCAAAACGCAGUGGUUUUACUGGUGUGUGAUCGUGUUGGUGUUGUUCAACACAAUUUGCGUUGCUGUAGAGUUUCACGGACAACCGCAGUGGCUCACAAAUUUUUUAUAUUAUACCGAAUUCAUUUUCUUGGGUCUAUUUAUGACGGAAAUGUUCAUAAAAAUGUAUGCCUUGGGACCAAGAAUUUAUUUCGAGUCAGCCUUCAACCGAUUCGAUUGUGUAGUGAUAACGGGUUCCAUUUUCGAAGUUAUAUGGUCAGAACUGAAAGGUGGUUCGUUCGGGUUAUCAGUGCUGAGAGCUCUGAGGCUCCUGAGGAUAUUUAAAGUGACGAAGUAUUGGUCAUCGCUGCGCAAUCUUGUUAUAUCGUUGCUCAAUUCAAUGCGAUCGAUUAUUUCGUUGCUGUUCCUUCUGUUCUUGUUCAUCCUCAUUUUCGCGUUACUGGGAAUGCAGCUUUUCGGAGGACAAUUCAACUUCGAAGCGGGAACUCCCAAUGCCAACUUUAAUACGUUUCCUAUCGCGUUAUUGACUGUGUUCCAGAUAUUGACUGGUGAAGACUGGAACGAGGUCAUGUAUAAUGGUAUAAACGCUCUUGGCGGUCCGAACGUUGCCAUGAUUUAUUCACUUUAUUUCAUUGUUCUUAUGCUUUUCGGUAACUAUACGCUCCUCAACGUUUUUCUUGCUAUCGCCGUCGACAACUUGGCGAACGCCCAAGAGUUGACGGCGGCCGAAGAAGAGCAAGCCGAAGAAAAUAAAGAGAAGCAAGCUCUGGAACUAGAAAAGGAAAUGGAGGCCUUACAAAUGGAAGGAGGUCUCAAGAUGGAUGCAGGCCUUUCUAGUCCCGUCAAAUCCAGGAAAAAAGUUGAGGAAAAAGCCGAAGAGGAAGAAAUUGUCGGUCCGAAACCUAUGCUGCCGUAUUCUAGCAUGUUUAUUCUUUCUUCAACUAAUCCAGUGAGGAGAGGUGCCCAUUGGGUAGUUAAUCUACGUUACUUCGAUUUUUUCAUUAUGAUCGUAAUUUGUCUCAGUUCUAUUGCACUUGCAUGUGAAGAUCCCGUGGAUGAAAAUGCCUUCCGUAACGUUAUUCUCGAUAAAUUCGAUUAUGCUUUCACCAGCGUUUUCGCCGUGGAAAUGUUGCUGAAAGUCAUCGAUUUAGGCAUUAUACUCCACCCUGGUUCUUAUCUCAGGGAAGUCUGGAAUAUUAUGGAUGCCGUAGUCGUUAUUUGUGCACUAGUCUCCAUGGGCUUUGAUUUUGCAAAGCGUCCAGAAGCUGCCAACUUGUCUACCAUCAAAUCUCUGCGAGUGUUACGUGUUCUCAGACCAUUAAAAACAAUAAAAAGAGUGCCGAAACUUAAGGCAGUAUUUGACUGCUUAGUGAACUCCUUGAAAAAUGUGAUAAAUAUUCUUAUAGUGUAUAUAUUGUUCCAAUUCAUAUUUGCUGUGAUUGCCGUUCAGUUGUUCAACGGAAAAUUUUUCUACUGUACAGAUGCUAGUAAAUUUACCGCAGUGACCUGCAAAGGUCAAUAUUUUGUAUAUGAAGAAGACAGCGAUGUGCCUAAGGUGCAAAAUCGAGAAUGGUUGCCUCAGAAGUUUCAUUAUGAUAACGUUCCCAUGGCAAUGUUAACGCUGUUCGCUGUACAAACCGGUGAAGGAUGGCCUCAGAUUCUGCAAAACUCUAUGGCUGCCACUUAUGAGGAUCAAGGCCCAAUUCAGAAUUUCCGAAUAGAGAUAUCCAUUUUCUAUAUUGUAUAUUUCGUAGUGUUUCCAUUCUUCUUUGUAAAUAUAUUCGUGGCCUUGAUCAUCAUCACAUUCCAAGAACAGGGUGAAGCAGAACUUCAAAGUGGAGAAAUUGACAAGAACCAGAAAUCUUGUAUCGAUUUCACUAUUCAAGCCAGACCACUGGAACGGUAUAUGCCGAGCAAAAGGAGCAGCUUCAAAUACAAAAUAUGGAGAAUUGUUGUUUCAACUCCCUUUGAAUAUUUUAUCAUGAUGUUGAUCGUAUUUAACACGCUCUUACUGAUGAUGAAGUAUGACAAGCAAGGCGAAACCUACACCAGUACAUUAAAGUACCUCAACUGGGGAUUUACGGGAAUGUUCACUGUGGAAUGUAUCCUGAAGAUUCUCGCUUUCGGCGUAAGGUACCACGACUCGCCACCUUUGUUGUCCGACAUCCUCGCCGUAAUGAACAUACUUUUUACAUUACUCUUCCUCGGUGAAACUCUUUUGAAGUUAAUCGCUUAUGGUGUUAAGAAUUUCUUCAAAGACCCUUGGAAUACGUUCGAUUUCGUUACCGUAAUUGGUAGCAUCGUAGACGCAAUGGUUGUGGAAUUCGGAGAAAGAGCGGCCCAAAUGCAGAAGGAAAGGAAAACGAAACUUGAUCUUGAUGCUGCUAUAGGCAAGUGGAUGCAGGAAAAUUUCAUAAACGUUGGUUUUUUGAGAUUAUUCCGAGCCGCUAGGUUGAUAAAACUACUACGACAAGGAUAUACAAUAAGAAUACUGCUAUGGACGUUUGUUCAAAGUUUCAAGGCACUUCCUUAUGUUUGUGGACUCAUCGCCAUGCUCUUCUUCAUUUAUGCUAUCAUUGGAAUGCAAGUUUUCGGCAAUAUUGAAGUUUCUCCAGAAACAUCUAUAGAUAGACAUAAUAAUUUCCGUAAUUUUAUUCAAGGACUCAUGCUCUUAUUCAGAUGUGCCACAGGUGAAAAUUGGCCAAGCAUAAUGCUGUCGUGUAUAAAAGGAAGAAAAUGUGAUUCGAACUCUGGAAAAUCUGGAGAACAGUGCGGUCAUAAUAUAGCUUAUGCCUAUUUUGUAUCGUUUAUAUUUUUCUGUUCUUUCUUGAUGUUGAAUUUAUUCGUCGCUGUAAUUAUGGACAAUUUUGAUUAUUUGACAAGGGAUCCUUCCAUAUUAGGUGCUCAUCACUUGGAUGAAUUCGUUAGAAUAUGGGCAGAAUAUGAUCCAAACGCCACUGGUAAAAUUCACUACACUGAAAUGUACGAUAUGCUUAAAAACAUGGAUCCACCACUGGGCUUUGGAAAUAAGUGCCCUAAUAGAUUAGCAUAUAAAAAACUAAUUAGAAUGAACAUGCCAGUGGAUAACGAUGGAAAAGUGAAUUUUACUUCGACUUUCUUUGCUCUCGUCAGGGAAAAUCUUAGCAUCAAAAUGAGGACAGCUGAUGAAAUGGACCAGGCUGAUGCAGAGUUGAAAGAGACAAUCAAAAACAUCUGGCCAAUACAAGCUAAAAAUAUGGUAGAACUUCUAGUGCCACCCAACGAUCAACUUAACGCCGGUAAAUUAACUGUUGGUAAAAUAUAUGCAGGUUUGCUCAUUUUAGAAAGUUGGCGGAGCACUAGAUUCGGACAAGUGGAGCCUACUGGUAUACCGGGAUUUGGAAACAGUCCUUCAGCCAAUACCGCGGUAGCAAUGGAAUUUCAGGAUAUCAUCGGAGGGUCUCGGAGACCGUCUUGUGAUAGUGGUGGAGAACAGGCUUUAUUGCGUCCUGGAAGUUUCAUCAAUCAUCACAGAAGAAGUCCAACUAAUCGGCAAAAUUCGCCAUCGUACCAAAGAAGUCCGUCACCUCUUAGAAGAUAUCCUCGUCAUUUGCAUCAUGAUAUUGGAUUUUCCGACACUGUUUCUAACGUAGUGGAAAUUGUGAAACAGGAACAUCAAAUGGCAUCUCAAAGGCAUCGAUUUCCAAGAGGAUCUUGGUCGGCUUCGACGAGUCCAACACGAUCCCCGUCACCGUCGGCAGGACGACAUAAUCCUAAAUUUGGCGGGUUUAACUUUUCGAGGAAAAUGGAUUACGGAACCACCAGUCUAUGUCAAAGAUCCAGAUCGCCUAGUCCUACGAAUUCAUCAUUACCACAUCAUCAAGGUCCACCGUUUAUUGCUGGUGCUGUGGUAGGUAUACCGAUGCAGAAGUCUGCAGCUCAUCAAGGCAACGUACAACACAGUCAUCCGGUUUUGGGCGGUCGGAAGGGUCAAGGAAGAAGACUACCUCCAACACCUUGCAAACCUUCCACGCUACAAUUACGACCGGGAUCAAUAAAUUUUCCGAAACUUAAUGCAUCUCCCACACAUCAACAUUUUCAAUCUCAUUCGGCGCACGUAACUCCACAUAAUCACCCACACACUUUUCCGUUGGAUCGAGAACCUCUUAGAGAAAUUUCGCCUCCGGAGACAACUAAUAUUAACAAUGUGAAUAUAAGCAUGAAUCCUGGUGUUAGAGACUCCAAUCAAACACCUCUAAGUUUCGAACAAGCUGUAGCGAUGGGAAGGGGCGGCAGAGUGCUACCUAGUCCACUACCAAACGGGUAUAAGCCGAAGCCAACUGGAUCUGGACAUUCUGAAUCAGACGAAGAUGACUGGUGCUAGCAUUUGCUUAAUACUCCAUGAGAGUAUUUACUAUUAAUCAGUGUUUUUAUAUAAAAGAGACUUUAACAAAUUAUUAUUAUACCUAUUAUUAUUACCAUUAUUAUUAUUAUUACAUUAGGAGUAAUCUGUUUUUAAACUUUCUGUGUACAGCUGGGUCACGUUAGAUUAUUGUAAGGAAAUAAGAAAUUUUUAUAAAACAAA